AUGGAAGCACCCGUCGUCAAGUUCAAGAAGCGAGCAGCAAAAGCUGCGCCCCGGAAGGUGGCCCCGCCGCCGCCGCCGCAGUCGGAUUCGGAUUUCUCUUCCGGCUCAGAAGGAGAGGGCGAGCAUGGCCGCGUGGUGAAGCGGCGAAAAGUCAACGACAACGCACUCAAGGCGUCGACUGCAGACCAGAAGACGCACGCGGCAGUUGCAAGUACAACGCAAUACGCAGCAAAUCGCUCGGCGGUCAUGGAAGCAAGCAACGAUGCGACGAAGCAGUCAAACUGGUACGACGAAAAUGCCCGAGACGCUCUCAGCUCCAAGAACCUGCUCGGCAGCACGCGAACGAAGCCUCACCAACUCAUCGAGAAGAACCCCGACGCUCCCAGUCGCCAAGUAGGACCCAUGAAAGCAUCGACAAACAUACGGACGAUUACCGUUACAGAUUACACGCCGGAUGUGUGCAAGGACUACAAGCAGACUGGUUUCUGUGGCUUCGGCGACAAUUGCAAGUUUUUGCACGCGCGCGAAGAUUACGCGGCAGGCUGGAAGCUAGACCGCGAGUGGGACAUGUCGACCAAAGGCAAGAAACCUGGAGGCACCGUUGUCGCUUCUGCCAACAGGGAUGAGAAGGAAAAGGACGAAGACGGAAUGGAUCUGGCGCAACUCGAAAAGAUACCGUUUGUCUGCAUCAUCUGCAAGACGCCCUACAAGAGCCCCAUCAUCACCAAGUGUGGACACUACUUCUGCGAGCCUUGCGCUUUGAAGAGAUAUCGCAAAGAUCCCACGUGUGCGGCGUGUAGUGCCAAGACGUAUGGUGUCUUUAACGGCGCAAAGAAUCUCCAGAAGCUGUUGGAAAAGAAACAGAAAUGGGAGGACAAGAAGAAGGCUGAGGCAGAAGAAAAGCGGAAAGAAGAGGAAGGCGGCGACUGA